AUGCCACCCCUGCUCCCGCAGGGCGGUGAUCCUACGACCAGCAACGACAUGUCUGGUAUGGACAUGUAUGUUACUGAAGGCGCUUUGCCUGUAGCCCAGAACAACUUAGCGGAUAGGUUAACCAAAUUGGUUGAUACCUUAAUCCCUAGGAUGGAAAGCCUAGAGAGAGCCGUCUCCGGCCAAGCUACCAAACCAACUGGAGUGACCCGUGCGGACUCUUUCAACACCCUCCUAGUGAGGAUUGAAGAGAUAGCGGCCAAUAUGUCUAGACUGGAAAAGAAGGUGGAGGCUUUGUCCUCACCUCACUCUUCCAAUAUGAUGGAUCAGUCGGCCCCUAAACCAAACGGUUUGCCUCCCAAACCAGCCCCCCUUUAUUCCGAGAAGGCAGCCGGGACCCCCAAAUCCGGGUUGACCAAAUCCUUACCCCAGGUUCCCCCCUCUUCGUACAUCAACAGGUUUAAGCUAGGGCAGGUAGUGAUCAGGAAGAAGUUCGAUCAGCCAAAGCCCUUUGAAGGCCUAACAGCGGCAUCCAUUUGCCAGAAAAUCAACGACGCACUUGAUUUUGCAAAAGCUACGAUCGACAAUGAAAUCAUCAAGGUAAAAGCGGUAGCGCAAUUCCCAAAUGGAGAUGUAAAAAUCUUUACUAAAGAUCGAAGAGCAGCUAAAUGGCUACUUGACAAUAAGCAUCUAUGGACCGAGAAAGCUGACCCUGUUUUUAAAACAUCCCAAGUGGCUCACCCUGUUCUCCUCCACUCCUGCCCCACCAGUUUUGAAGUUGAUAACAAGGAGCAUGUAGAGCUGCUCUGCAAACAAAAUGAUAUCGAGCCGAAAGAGAUCCAAAAGAUCCGCUGGCUUCUCAAUCCCAAAGGAACAGGCAAGGCCUCAAGCACCCUCCUGAUUUAUUUCUUGAACAGACGACUGGCCCUUGACAUCGAAAGAGCCGGACUUUGUUACAACAGCUUACACCUCAAAGGACAACACUAUCUACAAGGUCCCAAGCAGUGCUACAAUUGCUUAGCGGUAGGUCACUUAGCUCACUCCUGUAAGGAGAAACCACUGUGCUCCCGUUGUGGAGCGGAACACAACUCAGCUUCCUGCGAGGAAAUGGAAGAUUCCUGCAGGAGCUGCCAACGCUGCCUCCAAGUAGACCGAAAGUCUUCCUCUGUCAUUGACCUCUCUAACCCGAAAUAUGAUCACUCCCCCUUCAGCAACGCUUGCCCGACCAGAACCAAAGAAAUUGAAAAAUUCUGCAGAAGCAAGACAUUGCUAUUAUUCCUGGCAACUUGCCUUCAAACAGAAAGUGGAAGAGUUAAAGCUGCUCCACUGGCGCAGGUUUCUGGCCAGGACCGGAGAUGCAUCAGCAUUCCAAGCAUACAAAUUUACCAAAGCAAAGCAGUCUGCUACGGUCGAACCACUUUAUAG